UAUUUUGAAAGCGCGAAACCGGAAAUGAUAGUAUUUUUUUCUUUCUGAAUGCUGUCAAGAUGGCGAUGCCCAUAAGGAGGACUCUGGUAGCCCUUCACAGAGCAACAUGUAGCAGUUUGAUGAAUGCUGAGGCGUCUCUGGACCUGCGGCAUCCCGUCCCACUUUACCUGCCGGUCCGGACCAAGAAGCGGUACUUCAUCCCUCCAGCAGUGGGGCUGAAGGGGAAGAGGGAGGAGAACACGGAGGCCAAGGCCCGAGCGGCGGGCAUUGUCUUCAGACAGCAGUACUUUGAGAGGCCCAUCAACAUCGCCUGCACUGCGGGAAUCUUUGACCCUUACAUCCCCCCGGAGGGCGACGCUCGUCUCUCCACUCUGUCUAAAGAAGGCCUGAAACAACGAACGGAACAGAUACGACAAAGCGCCGGCUCGCAGCUAGCGAUUCGUAAAAUCAAAGAGCACGACUCGCAGUUCACAACGAAGGGGUUUGCAGAGCGAGCUCAAGAAAUCUUUAUUGAGGCCCACAACGCCCUGACACAGUUCAACAAGGAGAAACUUCACUCCUUGGUGACAGAAAGGUGUUAUCCUGAGAUGACGAGGGGGAACCGUUACAAGACGAUCAGAUGGAGGUUCGUAGAGUCCCUGGAGCCGCCCAGAGUGGUCCACGCCCGCUGCCCCGACAUGGUCACCAAGGGCAACCUGUACGGCCAGGUGACGGUCCGCAUGCACUCCAAACAGACGCUGGCCAUCUACGACCGCUUCGGGAGGCUGAUGAUGGGCAGCGAGGAGCAGCCGAAGGACGUCUUAGAGUACCUGGUCAUAGAACGACAUCUCGUCAAUCCCUACGGCCUCUGGAGGUUGCACGGAAAAAUAGUGCCUUCCUGGGCUCCGGCCAAAGACCCAGUUAUUAAGACUGUCAUGAUUCCUGGUCCAGAGCUGAAGCCAGGACAAGAGUUUGAGGCCCUCCACUAUGAAGUUCCCAAGCCAGAGGCAGUUCAAUGGAAUAAAUAGGCCACCAGGCGGCGCUGCUCUUUACAUCAAACCCCAAUAGGACAUAAUGAGCAGUCAUGGGCCAAAUGCUGUUUAGAUUUUGGCGGUGGCUAGUGGUUAGUUUGUCCACUUUGGCAGGAAACCAGGCUUCCUUUGGAGGCUCUUAUCUGUUUGAAAAAUGCUGCUGGCUGUUGAAACGGUGGAAGCAGCAGGUGAGUUUUAGGAUGAACAAACUACUGAGUCGUGCAGCCAAAAAGCUGCUUAUUUCCCUGCAAAUAAAUCACCACACAACAGUCUGGAAUAAUAAUAAUAAUAAUAAAAAAAAACAACAGCUCUUUUCUCAGAUUUGUUUCACACAUUUUCAUUUUGUUUUAAGUCUAACAAGAGGUGUACAUGCCAAAAAAUAAAAUGUAGAAGUUUCCAGAAAUUGAAUGGUUUAUUUACUUUGAUGAAUAUACUGCAUGUUGACCUCAGGAAAUACAAAAAUAAAGUGUCCCAUCUUCGUCUCUUCACACCAGUAUUUUUCUUUGUCAGAAUAAUCUUUCAUAGAAGAUAUUGCAUACACAAUUGAAAACAAAACAUGAGCUGUUUCUUUAUGCAAAUGAAGGGAUGUGUUACAACAAUUCUUUUUUUACGUGACAACAAAUUACAGCACGCUCAUUCAAAAACGCACAAACAUGCAACAAUGCUCACAUAACUAGGUCACACUAUUGACAAAAAACUUGGCGCAGUGUUUAAACAAUGAGGUCACUGAAUGAAAAGAAAUUACUGCAGCUGUUUGGGACUAAAUGACACUGUAGUAGAAGUGCUGAAAAACUUGACACCUGAUUUCACAAAUUGCUGGCACAGACGUGACUUAAUUACAUCAAUACAGAAAACUUUUAAUAUUGUAAAAAAA